GACUGCGAGAUUGCGAGAGGGAACGACCGGACGUGUGCAGACGCGGGAACAUCACCACAUCAGAAGAUAAACCUGCUUCAGCUUCACAUCUCCGCAACACUUCAGGAUGAAGUUUGAGGAUCUCUUAGAAGAGCUUGACGGUUUUGGAAGGUUCCAGAAGAUGAUCAUGUUCCUCAGUUUUAUUGGUCGGUUCACACUCCCUUGUCACUUCCUGUUAAACAACUACAUCGGUGCUAUCCCUCCCCAUCACUGCACCCUCAGCUCUGUGGACGGGAAUCUAACACACGAGCAGAGGAUGACCAUCAGCAUCCCCAAACAGGAAGAUGGGACCUUCACUUCCUGCCACAUGUUCUCAGAACCACAGUUCCAGCUUUUAGGUGAUGAGUCGAGCUUCACAAACGCUUCAGUUGUUGAAUGUCAGAAUGGAUGGACGUAUGAUAACAGCAGCUUCAUCAGCACUUUAUCUACAGAGUGGGAUCUGGUGUGUGAAAACAGAGGGAUGAAUAAAGCGAUGGCCACCAUCUUCUUCGUUGGAGUGAUGUUAGGAGCAGCUAUAUUCGGCAGUUUGAGUGACAGGUACGGUCGUAAAACCAUGCUGCUGGUGUCGUACGUGCUAUCGUUGUGCUUUGCGAUGGCGAGUGUGUUCUCCUCCUCUGUCAUCAUGUUUGCGGUGUUGCGGUUCUUCACGGGCCUGAGCAUCACUGGCAUCGUCAUCGUCACCAGCGUGCUGAAUGUGGAGUGGGUGAGUAUAGAGAGCAGGAAGUUGGUGGGUGUGAUUGACAGUUUCAGCUGGACGUUCGGUUACAUGGUGCUUCCUGUCAUGGCGUACGGCGUGAGAGACUGGAGAUGGCUGACUGUAACGGUCACUUUACCGCUCGCUGUGGCGUUAAUCAGCUGGAGGUGGGUUCCAGAGUCGGCUCGGUGGCUAAUCGCUAAUGGUAAAGUGGAGAAAGCUCAGUAUUACUUACAGAAAUGUGCUGUGAUGAACAAGAGGACGAAAGGCAACUCCAUCCUGAAACCAGAGGUUCUCUCCUCUAUAGUGUCAGAGGGAGGAAACAGGACGUACUCGUAUCUGGACCUGAUGAGGACGCCAAACAUGAGGAGACUGGCUCUGCUGACUGGAGUUACCUGGUACGGCGUGGCUUCCACUUACUACGGGAUGAGCUUUAACAUCAAAGGCUUCGGUCUGAAUCUGUACCUGAACCAGUUCCUGUAUGCUGCAGUAGAGGUUCCUGCUAAAGUCCUCGUCUAUCUGCUGCUCGACCGGAUUGGACGGCGUCCCACUGAGGUGAGCGGUCUCCUGCUGUCCAGCUGCGCACUCAUCAUUAACGUCUUUAUACCAAAAGAUCAGUGGAUCGUGCGCUCGGUGAUCGGAGUUCUGGGUAAAGGUUUCACCUCCAUUGCCUUCUCAACACUUGUCUUGUACAGCUCUGAACUUUACCCCACUGUCAUCAGACAGAAUGGGAUGGGCUUUAUCUCCUUCAUGGGGCGACUGGGCGUGGCUUUAGCUCCAUUGAUCCUCCUAUUGGAUGAUGUGUGGACUCAUCUGUCGCAGGUGAUUCUGUGUGUCAUUGCACUGAUUGCAGGUGUGGUGGCAAGUCAGUUACCUGAGACGAAGGACAGGUGUCUCCCUGAGACUAUAGAGGACAUCGAGGGGACAAGGUGUUGACGGAAGAGGUGGGUCUUUAGCUGUUUUUUGAAGAUGGUGAGAGAUUCUGCGGUCCGGAUUGAGGUUGAAGUUCAUUCCACCACUGAGGAACAGUUAGUGUGAAGGUUCUGGAAAGGGACCUUGAGCCACGCUGAGUUGGAACUACUAAACGUCGGUCGCUAAUCGAUCGCAGAUUGCGUGAGGGAACGUAAGCCUUCAGGAGAGAGUUGAGGUAGGGGGCGCUGUUCCAGACAAGGUCUUGUAGGUGAGCAUCAAGGCCUUGAAUUUGAUGCGGGCGGCUACAGGAAGCCAGUGGAGGGAGAUGAAAAGGGGUGUAAUUAUAACACAACAUGUUUAUUUCAUGAUUUCACAGACAACUCUACUGUAUAAUAAUAUAACUGUGUAUAAUAUAUCUGUCACGUGGCAGAAGUGGAUGCAAGUGCAGGUAGACAGCAGCUUUAGACGGCUGAGGAAAUUCUCUCUUAUCACAUGAACUCACGUUUCUCUGACACAGAGCUGGUUAGUGAGCAGCUUGGCUAAUACCUGCUUGAUGCGGACGACGUACAUUUCCUUGUCUGGGGAGUAGAUUAGGAUUUUGUUGAUGUAGGUGAUGACAAACAUCCUCAGCAUGUCAUGUAGCAUGUUGUUAUCAGACAUUGAACACUGAAGAUAGCCCGUGUGGCAUUACGCAGUAUUUGAAGAGACCAGAGGUGGUGCUAAAGGCCAUUGUCCCCCUCCUGGAUCCACACCAGAUUAUAUGCGCUCCUCAGAUCCACUUUCAUGAAUAUUUUGUCCUCCUGAAUCUGUUAAAGUGCAGAGGGGACUAAGGGCCUCAAACCGCCCUGAAUCUUCUCCACAAAGACGUAGGUGGUAGAAGGUGAUGAUGUUGAGGGACGGAUAUAUCCCUGCUGCAGAACCUCCUCAAUGUAUUCAUUUACGGCUUGGGUUUCUUUAGCUGACGAGGGGUAGAUGUGAUUACGAAGUGGUGUGGUUCCAGCCAGGAGCUUGAUGAUGUAAUCAUAUGGCUGGUGAAGUGGUAAUCCACUGGCCUUGGCGUUGAAACCUCCUUGAACUUGUGGUACUCCGGGGGAGUCUCAGGACUUUCUAUGGUUUGCAAGUGAUGUAGACUGAGGGAACUUGUAGACUGAGGCACUUUUCUUGAGAAUACGCUGACCAGCAUGUGAUCUCCAUAAAAUCUGUGGGUUGUGGGUUUGCAUCUAGGGGAACCCGAGGGUGGGUUGAUGGAACCACCCCCAAUGGGACCACUAUCCAGUGCUUGUACAUGGAGCAGAUGUUGCAGUGGUUGGAGGGGUAGCUGGAGCUUCGCAGCAAGAGUGCAGUCGAUGAGGUUUCCAAUGGUGUCUAAAUCAAUCAAUGCUGAAACAUGACACACAUUCUCCAAGUGCAUGAUCUGAAUGGGGAGAACAAAAUUCUGCUGCAAGAAGACUCUGGAAUGACUCACAAUGCAGGAGUGAGAGGUGAAGGUCACUCCCUCGUGAACCCGCUGUGGGGCUCGGGUGCUACUUGGUGCUGAGAUCUACCACAGUUGUACCGUUGGUGUUCCACAGAGGUUAGCUGGGCGUGGCUGAGUUGCAUGGAUUCUGUGGGGUGGAUUUUGAGAACUGGGAUGGAUGUGGCUUUAAUUCCUCAGCAUGACCUCGAGACAGAUGCACAUUUUGAUAAUGGAAUCGAGUGUAGCUUGGUCAUCCUGGCAGGCCAGCUCGGUAAGGAUAUCAGUGUUCAGCCCCUGACUUUAUGCUGUCUAGAGUGCCGGUUCAUUCCAGAAGCUUCCCACGGCCAAUAUGUGGAAGUUUAAGAUGAAUUCUGUAGUGCUUUGGUUCCCUUGUUUCAGGCUGAGAAGUUUCUCGCCAAUCUCAUUGCCUUCUGUAGAGUGGUCAAAGACCCUCUGGAUGAGCUGGAGGAAGUGGUGGCAAGAAGCCAUGUGCUCACCCUCUUGAGACCACACCAUGGUCACCCAGGUGAGCACUUUGUCGGUCAGCAGGUUGAUGAACUGGGUGAUCCUGGUGCGCUCAGACAUUGCCUCUUGACCCGCGAAGUCGAGAGAACUCUGGAGCCCUUUAUAUCACUUUAUAUCACUUUAUAUCACUUUAUGUCCAGGAUUAUUAUACAUUGCUCAACUAUUUUUUAAUGGAGCUCCAGUUUAACAACUAGCUGUCUUUAUUACUCUCUACUGUGUAUAUUUUAUUUUUACAUUUUCUUUAUAUAUAUAUCAUUUAUUUAUUUUCAGGACAGGUCACGUUGCAGUUCCAGGCCAGGAGAAAGAAGGUCGAGAACAAGAAAAUGGAGGUUAAGAAGUUAUAUUUCUGUGUAUUAGGAAGUUCUCAUUUAAUCACUAUGUUCAUCAUCACUUAGAAAUAAAUCCACAGUGAAGUGUUUGUUUACUAAAUAAUGUUGGCAAGAAUAAAAAAAAUCUAUAUUAAUUGAAUCCAUUGGGAAUUUUAAUUAUUUAUAACUGUGAUUGUGUGUAUCUCAGUCACACUCAUUUAUAAACCUCAAUAAGAUAAAACUGUAUAUAUGUUUAUGUUUAAAUAAAGAAUAUAAAAUCACACACACACACACACACACACACACACACAUGCAGUCUCUAUAUCAGAGACAUGGCUGAGAAUCAGAGCAUCAAAACAUCAGAAAAAAUAUCAGAAGAAAAUACACAUCAAGGUUAAAACCAGUAGAAACCAGAACCCACGGCCUGGAGAACA